AUUUUUUUUACCAAACAAAAAAUAAAAAUAAAGACGUAAAAAAACACAGACGUCAAAAAGACUGGAGUUUUUGACGUUUAAAAUUUAAAGUUUGUCUGUCAACAAUUAACUGUCACUUUUUAUUAAUUGUUGGUGUUAAUUAGAAAAAAAACAUUUUUUUAUUAAAAUGGGUAAUCUUUUAACUGCAUGCACGUCAUGUUGCAAAGAAUCAGGUUCCUAUGAGGAUUUAACACCUGAUGAGCAAACAAGAAGACAACAACAAAUGGAAGCUGCUGAAAGAAGAAUGAGAGAACAGGAGCAACGUGGUAUUGGAAACGUCAACGCAGUAAAACGUCAACAGCAACAAGCACUGGAACGUGAAAAACGUGAGCAAGAAUUAGCUAAUACUGAUCGAGAUGCGCCAUUGAAGUGGCAAGUUAACUGAAUCAUAUAUAUAAGAUUAUAAAUAAACGACUCGAAACGAGACUGGAUAAUAAACACAUGCAGCAAGUAUACAUAUAUAUACACAUAUAAUAAUCGAUUAAGUGUAAAUUAUAUCAUAUGAGUAAGUACUAAAUUAAAGUAUUAAACGGUGGGUUUUAAACCCCCAUGUUAUUACUACUCGCGAUUGUAUACCAUUAAUUCGUAAUUAUUUAUUUAAUGUCUUCAGUGCACUUGUACAUGAAGCUGAUAAAUUUAAAUAUCU